AUGGCAACCGCUGACAAAAUCAGCGAAUCAUAUUCCACAAUUUCAAAUUCCAAUGAUUUUUUAAUUAAUGGUCGUCUACAAAUUGUAUUUGAUAUGGAAACAAGUGAUCCAGAUGAUUUUAUUACUCUUCUUUUUCUUCUUGGACAUCCAAUGGUACAUCUAAAAGCUGUUACAAUUGUUCCUGGUACUCCUGAUCAAAUUGGCUUUUUACGUUAUGUUCUUGAUCGUUUUAAUCGAAGUGAUUUAUCUCUUGGUGUAUUUAAUAUGAAUGCUAAACCUGCUUUAUCAAAAUUUCAUCUUAAAAUAUAUGAAAAUACAUCUAUAAAAGAAUCAACAGAAGCUCUUGAUGGUAGUAAUGUUCUUCUUAAACAUUGUGAUGAAAAAACUAUUUUAAUUUGUGGAGGACCAUUGAAAAAUGUUGCUAAAGCUAUUCAAACUGGCCAAUUUAAACUCGGUCGUUUAGUUGCACAAGGUGGAUUUGCUGGUGAUAAUAUUGUACCGGAAGAAAAACGAUUGAGUAAAUUCAAUGGUAGAAUAACAUGUCCAACAUUCAAUUUAGGAGCUGAUAUAAAAGCAGCUAAAAUAGUUUUAGAUUAUAAUGGUAUCAAAGAAAAAUUUUUUGUUUCAAAAAAUGUUUGUCAUGGUAUUCUUUAUACUAAAGAUACUCAUAAACAACUUGAAAAAAUCAAAGAUAAAAGUCAAUCAUUACAAGAAAUCUAUCAUGUUAUGUCGAUUUGUUUCAAAAAACCAGGUAAAAAUGGAAAAGCUUUUCAUGAUCCAUUAACAGCUUGUUGUGCAAUUGAUCUUUCAAUUGGACAAUGGAAAGAUGUUCAAUUAUAUAUGGAUGAAAAAACAAAAGAAUGGGGAUCAAUUAUAAGUGAAAAUCCAAAUAUUAAAAUUAUCGUCGAUUAUGAUCAUGAAAAAUUUCUUUCAACUUUAUUUGCUUAUGUAUAA